UGUUUCCUCCACCCUCUCAUUUCUCUUCCUCCUCAUACCUGUCUGUCGUCAGUCAACUCUGGGAAUGGUACGAACUAGAGCCAUAUACUGCUCACGGCAUCUGUCACUGGAAUAUUUCUGGAUACAGUGUAGUUAAGAUUUUACAGUGGAAGGAUGAAUCACUCCUGUGUGAACUGCUUGAAAACUAUGCUGAUACACCUCAACUUCCUCUGCUGGCUGUGUGGUGCGUUCGUGGUGGCCUUCGGAGAAUUCCAGAUGAUGCACUCCAGGUUUGCCUCCCUCAUCACCACCUUCUGGCCCAUCUACCCCGCCAACACUCUGGUGGUCACCGGUACUAUUGUUACCUGUGUGUGUUAUGUGGGAGUGUUAGGAGGCAUGAAGGAGAACCGCUGCAUGCUGAUCAGUUUUUUCGUGCUGCUGUUCAUUCUGAUGCUGGUGGAGCUGGCCAUGGCCUGUGUGUUCCUGGUCUACAGCAGAGAGAUUGACACAUACUUUGAGAGAGACCUGAUGCGGAGCUUGGAGAUCUACAGACAGUCCAGUCCAGAAGGCAACAAGACCAUCAAAGAUGACUUUGAUGCUGUCCAGCACCUGUUUAGGUGCUGUGGAGUUCAUGGUGUGGCUGACUGGAAGGGGGACAUCCCAAUCUCCUGCUGUAUCAACAACCCCUGCAACACCCUCACUUUCACCAACUGGGAAGAGGGUUGUCUCUUUAAACUGAGGAACUGGUUUGCCAGAAACUACGUCAGCACUGGUGCAGGCGUCGUCACAAUGUUUAUCAUACAGUUUAUCUGUCUGUGUAUCACCAUCUCUAUCUUUUGCCACUUCAAGCGACGUGGACUGGGGUACCAGUAAAAAAAAAAGGACAUAUAAAACUGUAUGUGCCAUGUACAAAGACUUUUGGCAAGGAAAGUUUCCAACAGGAGACAAAGCACCUGCUUUAAAAAGGAAUACGCUGAGAACCUACUAUCACCACUGUCAUAUGAGGCAUAUCAUGUUUUCCAUAACUUUAAAUAUGUUAUGGAAAACAUGAUAGAAGACAUUUAGCUAGUGGGUAAGUUAUGGCAUGAUUAUAUAAAACCUGUGUUAAAUAGACAUUAAGAGAUCUAACCUCACAUUACGUGCUGGGAAAGAUGAUGUACACCACUUUCAACACCUACUCUCUCCAAUCAUUUGUUGUAAUUUCUGAUUUUGUGCUAUCACUUGUUUUAGAAGUUGGAAAGGAAAACAGUUGAAAUGAUGAUUACUCUCACUCUGCUUAAUAAACCAGCACACAUGCCUGUUUAAACCCA